GUGUCAUUUGCUUUGCUCUCAGGAGGAGGAGAGAUACUAAACUCCUAAACCAUGAGGGAGUGCAUCUCUGUCCACAUUGGCCAGGCAGGAGUUCAGAUGGGAAACGCCUGCUGGGAACUCUACUGUUUAGAACAUGGGAUCCAGUCAGACGGGCAGAUCCGUCCAGACCAGGCUGCUGCCGGGGAUUCUUCCUUUGGAACGUUCUUCAACGAAACGGGAUCGGGCAAGCACGUCCCCAGAGCUUUAUUUGUCGACCUGGAACCGUCUGUCAUUGACGAGAUCCGUAUAGGAACCUACCGCACCUUGUUUCACCCUGAGCAACUCAUCUCCGGCAAGGAGGACGCAGCCAACAACUACGCCCGAGGCCACUACACCAUCGGGAAGGAGGUCAUACAGCCGGUGAUUGACAGAGCCCAGAAGAUGGCUGACCAGUGUGAUGGUCUCCAGGGCUUCUUGAUCUUCCACAGCUUCGGUGGAGGAACAGGCUCGGGUUUUACGUCCCUCUUGAUGGGACAGCUCUCAAUUGAAUUUGGGAAGAAAGCCAAGCUGGAGUUCUCGGUCUACCCUGCCCCGCGGAUCUCUACAGCAGUGGUGGAGCCCUACAACUCCAUCCUCACCACCCACACCACGCUGGAGCACUCCAACUGCUCCUUCAUGGUGGACAACGAGGCCAUCUACGACAUCUGCCACCGGAACCUCAGCGUUGAGUGUCCAACGUACACCAACCUGAACAGGCUGAUUGCGCAAAUUGUAUCCUCUAUCACAGCUUCUCUGAGAUUUGACGGUGCCUUGAACGUCGACCUCACUGAGUUCCAGACCAACCUGGUGCCCUAUCCCAGGAUCCACUUCCCGCUGACCACCUACGCGCCCAUCAUCUCUGCCGAGAGGGCCUACCAUGAGCAGCUCUCGGUGCCCGAAAUCACCAAUGCUUGCUUCGAGUUCUCCAACCAGAUGGUGAAAUGCGACCCUCGGCGGGGCAAGUUCAUGGCUUGCUGCCUGCUCUACCGAGGCGACGUGGUCCCCAAAGAUGUCAACGCGGCGAUAGCGGCCAUUAAAACCAGGAGGUCCAUCCAGUUUGUGGACUGGUGUCCGACCGGCUUCAAGGUGGGCAUCAACUACCAGCCCCCCACGGUGGUGCCCGGCGGAGACCUGGCGAAGGUGCAGCGGGCCGUCUGCAUGCUGAGCAACACGACGGCUAUCGCGGAGGCCUGGGCCCGACUGGAUCACAAGUUCGACCUCAUGUACGCGAAGCGGGCCUUUGUCCACUGGUAUGUCGGGGAGGGGAUGGAGGAGGGGGAAUUCUCCGAGGCCCGGGAGGACAUGGCGGCUCUGGAGAAGGAUUACGAAGAAGUGGGGAGGGAUUCUGGCGACGGGGAGGAGGAAGAUGAAGAUGACGACUAUUGAUCCUUGCAAGACUGAUAUACUCUCAGAUCAAACAGCUGGCUGUUUCUUGCCGUGCGGCAGCCAGGAAGAAAUCCCCACCUAUUUAAAAUGAGUGUUGCAAAUAAAAAACAAAUGAGCUCAGA